UCGAAAUGUCAAACGCGCGCAGUCGAUGAGAAUGUCCCCGUGGCGGGAUGACGUGAUUCCAUGUUUGAAUUUUUAAAAAGUUUUAUUUCAUAUCUGUUCAAAGAAGUUAUAAAUAGUAUAGUUUUUAUUAUUAGAAAGAGAUUUUAUAACAAAAUGGUGAACACGAUUUUGCUGCUUUCUGUCGCCCUCAUGGCGCCGAUUUUGGAUGCAAGAACCUUGACAGGUCCGACCCACAAUAAAGUGGUGGUGUGCUACGUGGCCACGUGGGCCAAUUACCGAAACGCCACCGUGAAGUACGAAAUGAAGGAUUUCAACCCGGACCUCUGCACACACCUGGUGUAUGCUUUCGCGGCCCUUGAUCCCACCAACCAUACCAUCAAACCACAUGACGCAUGGUUGGACCUCGAGAGUCCUGGUCUGAAAGGGUACAAAACCGCCGUUGAUAUGAAGAGGGACUAUCCCCACCUAAAAGUAACCAUAGCCAUAGGGGGCUGGAACGAAGGCUCCGAAAAAUAUUCGAACAUGUCCUCCAGUCCAGAGUCCAGAAAGAGGUUUAUCGACAGCGUCGUAGCGUUCAUAGACCACUACAAGUUCGAUGGUCUAGACUUGGAUUGGGAGUUUCCCUCGAAGAGAGGCGGCAGGCCAGAAGACAAAGCCAACUUCGUGGCUCUGGUGAAGGAAUUGAAAGAUGCAUUCGAAUCGAAGCAAUACCUGUUGACCGCCGCACUCGGUGCUGGCAAAGACACGAUGGACACCGCCUACGACGUGGCCAAGCUAAGCCGUUACCUCGACCUGAUCCACAUGAUGUGCUACGACUACCACGGCACGUGGGACGGCGUGGUGGGGGCCAACGCCCCCCUCAGGGGCACUAGCGAGGACGAUGUUCUGAGUCUGGAAUACACAAUAAAAUACAUGAUAUCGCACGGCGUGUCUCCUUAUAAGCUUGUGCUUGGUCUACCAAUGUACGGAAGGAAUUUCCUUCUCAAAGAUCCUGAUACUACCGAAAUCGUGUUCGGGAAAACUCCAGCCCAACCCGAAGGCUUCAAAGGGAAUUAUAUACAAGAGACUGGAUUUAUGGGAUACAAUGAGAUCUGCAUGGAUUUAAUGAAUAACACGGCGUGGAAAAAGUUCUGGGACGAGAAGUCCGCAACUCCGUACCUGCGCGACGGGGACCGAGUCGUAGUUUAUGACAACCAGAGGUCCAUCGCUCUUAAGGUUAAGAUGGCGGUUGACUACGGACUUGGUGGUGUGAUGGUGUGGAGUAUCGACACUGAUGACACCAAAGGUGUUUGCGCCGAGGAACUUGACGCGCUCACUGAUAUCUACGCAAGGUUCAAUAAGAUGCUCGUGGAUCCCUUGGUCACCAAAGCUGUGAAGAGUUUGGGAAGCGGCAACAAAAACCACAACUACAAAGGACAAUACUACCUCAUUCACAACGACAAACUCGAACUCCGACUCCUCACCCGUGGAAACACGAACUACCCACUAAUGGAAGCUAUUAACCAAGCGAUGGUCAUAUCUCUUGAAGAGAAGAGGAUAAUGGCGGAAGUAGAAAGAAUCACCAACACAAAUGUUAUUGACAAAAAAGACAAGAGAGGAGACAAGCCUGGAGCGGCAUCCAUUUUAAGUAGUAGUGCUGUCACUCUUUUGUUCUGCUUAUUCUUUAUUGGUAAACUGUAAGUCUUAAAGGCCAUGUUGAUUCCGUAUAUGUCAGUACGUGACAGUGGCGAAAGGUGACAUUUUUCGAAAGGGAACCCGAUACAACAUACUAUACUAAUAUGCAUAAAUGCGGUCUUAAAUCAUUCUAAUUAUAAUUAGAUUUGACAUAAAUUAUGAAAGGGAAGCCGCCGAUCCUUCGCCACUGAUACGUGAACUGUUGAACUCUUCAGUAGAUUCAUUAUUUUAGAUAUUUAAAAAUAUUAGCAACCUUAUACAUUACGAGCUAAGAUAAAAGCGUAUAAGACUACAUUCUUUAUAUAAUUUUUACUUUGACGUUUCUACUUUUAUGAAAUUUUAAUGAAACAUAAUGACGAUGGACAACAAACUUUUAAUAUAAGUUUUUGUAAAUAGUACAUAUAUUGAGUUGAUUUCUUUUUUUAUACAACAUUUUAGAAUUUUAUUCUGCUUCGCCGCACAUUGUACUGGCCUUGCCUUACUUUCGUAGAAGCAGUGGCUAUUUAAGUAGGAACAGUAAUCAUUUAAUUUUAACACUGUUUGCUCAAAUUAAUAGAAACCUGAAAACAUUUUCAAGACUUUUUCCUAUAAAUGUAUUUCUUUUUUACUGUAAUUGUUAUUCAUUUUUCUAUACAUGAUAAUAAAUAAAUAGGUAAAUCGAUUCGUCUUAGUUUUGCAUUUGUGGUGUAUGACGUCACAAAAGAAGAUAUAAUAGAGACUAGCCCAUAGUAAGUUUAUUUAAAAUGUACUAAGUCAUAAAAAUAUUAAACCGGACUACGCAAAAAGUUGUCUAUAGAAAUCUACGCUACACAGCAACCAAGUUACAUUUUUAUUUAUGCCCGAAUAGUUAUCGUUUGCCAUAGUCCGGUACUAUUGUUUUUUGGUCUCCUAAUACAAAUUUAAGGAAGGCCAUCUUAGACUGGCCAUUUCGGCUUUUUUAGAUAUUUUGCAACCAGCUCUGCCAACAUAUUCUACUGCCAGAAUAAAUGUAUAUCUAUAUAACCCUUAAAUAGUCAUGCUAAUUAAGAAAUGUUAAAAUAACUUUAUUAACAUCAAGAAAUCUACAUAUCAUUUAUAGAAUGGAUCAUAUGGAAGAUGUAGUGAAAAAAUACUAAAGAACUGUUGAAACACAAACAAAAUUCAAUGUAUGUUAUGGUGAUUGUAACAUGAAAUCUGUUAUAACAUUUAUAUUAUGCCUCAAAGUUCGGACUUUAACUCACAAAUAUAAUUCAAGCAAACUAAUUUAAGAACUUAAAAAUACGCUCUGAUCAGAAAAUGUAUAGUGUAUGGCACGGAUCGUCAAUAUAUUUGUAAAUAAAUAAUACUCUUUUAUUGUGAUAUAUUUGUGUAUUUUUGCUGAAUAAAUAAAUUUUAAUGGA